AUGCUCAACGUCAUCAUCGUCGGCGCCGGCCUCAUCGGCCCCCGCCACGCACAAUCUGUUAUCACCAACCCCUCCACCAACCUUCUUGCCUUGGUCGACCCCUCCCCAAGUGCGUCAUCCGUGGCUAAAACCCUCAACACGCUCUACUUCCCCUCAUUAUCAGCCCUACUGUCUUCUGUACCAAACAUCCCACACCCAGACGCCGCCAUAAUCUGCACCCCCAACCACACGCACGUUCCCGUGGCUCUCGAACUCAUCAGCCACAACAUCCACAUCUUACUCGAGAAACCCAUUAGCGAUACCAUCACCACUGCGCUUCCCUUGCUCCAAGCGCAGCAAAAGUAUCCAGAUGUGAAGAUCCUCAUCGGCCACCAUCGGAGAUUCAACCCAUACAUCACCAAAACCAAGGAAAUCCUCGAGUCCGGGUCACUGGGUCCAAUUAUUGCUCUAUCCGGACUAUGGACUCUAUACAAGCCAGCAUCAUACUUCACCGGUGCUACCGAGUGGAGAAGGGAUAAGGCUAAAGGUGGCGUAUUGAGUAUUAACCUCAUUCAUGAUGUGGAUCUACUCCACUACCUAUUCGGUCCUAUUACGCGCGUUUACGCAGAGAAAACCCUCCCUCAGCGCGGGGGUCCAGAUGGGAAUGAGAAUCACACCGCGGAAGAAGGCGCGGCGAUUACAUUCCGGUUUGCUAGCGGGGUGGUGGGCACGUUCGUGGUGAGUGAUUGUGCGCCGUCGCCGUGGAAUUUCGAGGCCGGGACGGGUGAGAAUCCGAUUAUUCCUAAAGUGGGUGGUGUAGGAGGAGGGCUCUAUAGGGUUUUGGGAAGUCGGGGGUCGUUGAGCGUGCCGGAUUUGAAGAGGUGGAGUUAUGAUGGGGUUGAGGGGGAGAAGGGGUGGAAUCAGAGAUUACAAGUGGAGGAAUUUGAGGUCGAUGAGGGAGUGCCGUUUGAUUUGCAAUUGGAGCAUUUUGUGCGUGUGUUAGAGAGGGGAGAGACGCCGAGGUGUGAUGCUGUCGAGGGAUUGAGGGCGUUGGUGGUGGUUGAUGCUGUGAAGAGGGCGAUGGAGACGGAGGAGGUGGUGAAGGUGGAGAGUGUUGAGGAGAUUUUGGCGAGGAAUGAAUGA